UGUAUUUAGGUACAAUUAAUUAUAAAGCACGGGUAAAUGGCGAGUUGGAUGGUGUUAGUGCAACAGUAUCUACAAAGCCACAGAGAGCAUACAAACGAUGUAGCAAUUCCGCUGUAAUUAAGGUAACAUUUGAUCCAAUGGGGAACGAAGGUUGUUUUGGGUGUACUAAAGGACCUUUCUGUGGCCGUCGUCUGCUACAACUUGAUCUUGACCUGUCUAGAAACAGGCGUCGUGAUACACUGUUGUACAUCACGGACUCGCAUUCUAAAGAUGAUGGCGCAAUCGUGCAUGCUGUAUUUCCACAUGUUAAAAUUUAUCCUCAUAACUCUGCCGGAAACUCAUCAAGUCACGUGAUGAUUAUGGGCGUGACGAACUCGCGUACUAAUAAGAUGACUGUUUACAUCGGAAACCAAUUUAUGCGCAUGACCAAUGACAAUCGUCUGGAUGAAAAUUUUUGCAUGAACGAUCUGUUUCAUUUGAACGGACAGUUUGAUCCGGGCAGUGGCGGGAUGUCUCCGAAUGAAAUUACAAUUGGAAUAAAUAGACAGAUUCCACAAAGCGAUGAAGAACGAAGUUUUGGAGUAUGCUCCGCCUCAUUAAAGUGGACAUGUCCUUGGCAAGAAACAUAAGGGCAUUACAUGUUUUUUCUUCUUUACUUCAUUGUAUAAAGUAGAAAUAAAAGACCAAGAAUU